UCCUUCUCGGCCGCGGCCGCCUCGCCGCAGAAGUAUCUCCGAAUGGAGCCGUCCCCCUUCGGCGACGUUUCCUCCCGCCUCACCACAGAACAAAUUCUGUACAACAUAAAGCAAGAGUAUAAACGCAUGCAGAAGAGAAGACAUUUAGAAACUAGUUUCCAACAGACAGAUCCAUGUUGUACUUCUGAUGCACAGCCACAUGCAUUUCUCCUCAGUGGACCAGCUUCACCAGGGACGUCAUCUGCAGCAUCUUCACCAUUAAAAA